AAAGGCAUCCGGUACGCGAGGGAAGUUUGUCUAGUUCGCCCCAUUAGUUACGACUAGAGUAAUCGUGAAGAUGAGACUAACUUCGUCAGUGUUGUGCCAGAGUAUGCUCUGGGUUAUAAACAUCGCAUCAGCUUCUACACUACUCCCUCGAGAAGCGCCAUUAGAACCGGAAGUAGGGCUUAAUCAAACAGUGAUCAGUGGUAAGGAACAACACGCCAUCGAUGUCAAAGGAAUUCGGAGCUCGGUGAGUUGCGGAAGUUACCUGCUCUCCCCAGGCGAUGAGGUGGUCAUAGGAUCUCCCAAUUACCCGAACCCCUAUCCCUUGAUUCACCUGUGCGCCUGGGAUUUCCGGGGUACCACACCAGAGACCAGACUAUCAGUAUCAUGCUUUGACUUCCAACUCGGCAACUGUAUUGGUUCUUCAGUGACAAUCAGUAGUGGUUCUUUAUCUCGAAGUUACUGCAACAAACAAGAGAGCAUCUACUUCGAAAGCAACAACAACUGGCUGACUGUAUUCUUUCGAACUUUCACAUUCCGGUCGAGAAAAGGAUUCCAGUGUCGCAUCUUGGCUUCAGACGCAACCUCAGGUGCUGAUACGGUCACACCCGCCCCACCUCCUGUUGAUAAGACUUGUGUGUGUGGAAAAGUAAACCGUAACUUGAAAAUCGUCGGUGGAAAAGUGACUGAGAAAAACGAAUACCCUUGGCAAGUAGGCCUAACGUCCUACUCGCCUUCUCAUCCUUUCUGUGGAGGUUCGAUCAUAUCCAACCUUUAUAUACUAACAGCCGCUCACUGCGUUUAUGGACUUUCUCCUGCUAUGGUCACCGCCGUUCUUGGGGAACAUGACUGGAGCACAGCGUCUGAAUCAGACUCCAUUCAAAAGAGGAGAGUCAGUGAGAUCAUCACACAUCCAGAUUUUGACUCCUAUACACAAGACAACGACAUAGCCCUGCUCAGACUAUCAACACCAGUCGACUUCCCUGCCAACAACGAGAUCGCCCCAGUCUGUCUGCCACCUGCUGGAAAUCUGUACGAAAACGUCAACGCCACAGUGACUGGAUGGGGAAAGCUUUCGGAAUACGGCGAUACCUCAAGCGUACUCCACGAAGUGAUUGUGCCCACGAUGACCAAUGCCAAGUGCUCCCAGCUGUACGAAGAGGUCGUCACAGAAAAUAUGCUCUGUGCUGGUCUGGACGAGGGAGAACGAGACGCCUGCCAGGGCGAUUCCGGAGGACCGUUGGUCACCAUUGAUGAAGGUACGAUGCGCAUGAUAGAAAUAGGCAUCGUCUCCUGGGGUGAUGGCUGUGCAGCUCCUGGGAAACCAGGUGUUUACACACGAGUUAAUCGUUAUCUGGAGUGGAUUCAUGGCCACACAUCUGGUACAGUCUUCUGCUCGCCGACCUGAUUGAUGACGUCAUCUGGCACCCUGUUCUGCUCGCCGACGUGAUUGAUGACGUCAUCUGGCUAACAUUUAUUAUCUAAGCGAGAUUGUGGUUUUCUUUUAUAUUUUGUUUCUCAGAAGAAUAGAAAUUGAUUAAAAACAGCCUUUAGUUGACACAUGUUAAUAAUAAACAAUGUCUUCAUUUCAUUGUUUUAAAAUCUAAACUAUCACUUUGGAACUAACCCAUUUGUUUUUUUUAUUUGUAACUGUGCAUAA